CGCUUGGGGUCUGUUCUGUGUGGUCGCCGCUCACGCCUCACCGCAACCACAGCCGCCAAAGCUGCGGCCGUGCAGCCGCGCGUCCCCGGAGACAGUCAGCCCCGGCGGCUGCUCCUCCUCCCAGAUGCCAGGGCCCGGGCGCCGGGCGGCUGCCAGCAGGAGGAUGAAGGGCUCAGUGGGAGGAAGAAGAGAAAAGCUGCUGGGGACGCCUAAAGCUCAGCCUAGCCAUGAUUUCACCUGUACACAAGAUGGAGAGAGUGAGGCUGAAUUCUUCCCUGAUGACUUUGAAGAGAAACCUGAAAGAGAAAAGAAGCAUACCAAUUUUACUUUGUGUAACGUGUGUAACAUUCAGCUGAAUUCGGCCGCUCAAGCACAAAUCCAUUACAAUGGCAAAUCACAUCAAAAGAGAUUGAAACAACUCAGCAACGGGAUGUUGAAAAACGACAACGGUGGUACAUGCCAGAGUCCUGCUCUCCCAGCCCUGGUCCGGCCACCAGCUCCUCCUCUGCAACCAUCGCUGGAUAUCAAGCCCUUCCUUCCCUUUCCUCUUGACACUGCUGCAGCGGUCAACCUCUUCCCCAAUUUUAAUGCGAUGGACCCGAUUCAGAAAGCUGUAAUAAAUCAUACAUUCGGGGUGCCUCUUCCUCAUCGAAGAAAGCAAAUCAUAUCAUGCAACAUUUGCCAGUUGAGAUUUAAUUCCGAUAGCCAGGCUGCGGCCCACUACAAAGGCACGAAACAUGCCAAGAAGCUCAAAGCACUGGAAGCCAUGAAAAAUAAGCAGAAAUCUGUCACUGCCCAGGACAGCGCCAAGACUACCUUCACCUCCAUCACUACCAAUACCAUCAAUACCAGCUCUGACAGAACAGACAGUGCCGCAGGGACACCAGCAAUAUCAACGACGACAACUGUGGAAAUUCGCAAAAGCAGUGUUAUGACAACUGAGAUCACCUCUAAAGUGGAAAAAAGCCCCACGACAGCCACUGGCAAUAGCUCAUGUCCUUCCACGGAGACUGAGGAAGAAAAGGCAAAACGGCUUCUUUACUGUUCCCUCUGCAAGGUUGCUGUCAACUCUGCCUCGCAGCUGGAGGCGCACAACAGUGGUACAAAGCACAAAACCAUGCUAGAAGCUCGAAAUGGUAGUGGGACUAUCAAAGCCUUUCCUAGGGCAGGAGUGAAAGGCAAAGGACCUGUUAAUAAGGGAAAUACAGGCCUGCAAAACAAAACGUUUCACUGUGAAAUCUGUGAUGUGCACGUCAACUCGGAAACACAACUCAAACAGCACAUUAGCAGUAGAAGGCACAAAGACAGAGCUGCUGGGAAGCCCCCAAAACCUAAAUACAGUCCUUACAACAAGCUACAGAAGGCAGCACAUCCUCUGGGGGUCAAACUAGUCUUUUCAAAAGAACCUUCAAAGCCAUUGGCCCCACGAAUCCUACCAAACCCUCUGGCAGCGGCUGCAGCGGCUGCUGCAGUGGCAGUCAAUUCUCCUUUCAGUCUCCGAACAGCUCCCGCGGCGACGCUGUUCCAGACCUCGGCGCUCCCGCCAGCCCUCCUGCGGCCAGCUCCGGGACCCAUUCGGACCGCCCACACGCCUGUGCUGUUCGCUCCUUACUGAAUUCCAAAUGGGAAUCAUUGUACUGCAAUAAUUUUUCAAACAACAAAACCAACAAAAGAGAACUAUGCAGUGUUUAUUUAUAGUUUAAAGAAUAUCUGAUGAGCCAGGACUUUUGAUAGCGAAUUGAAAAGAUUAUAUUAAAAAAAAAAAAAAAGAGGGAAGUUUGGGGGCGGGAGGGAAAGGGGUGGUAUUUUGUCCAAAUUAAAGCAUUCCUCUUGAACACUGAUUGUUUUAGAAGUGAUCUCCAGCAUUGAAUUGUAGUGGUAUCUAGAACUGCUGAAAUCUUUGUGACUGUCCUUUUGGGCACCUAAUUCCCCCCUGCAUUGUCUUUUCUGCUUUAUAAAACAACUAUACAUUGUCUAAGGGCAUUAACUGGUUCCAAUGUAUAUAUAAUAAUUUACUCUGUAGAUUAAAGUAAUAUGAAAAAAAGAAAAAACAAAAAAAAACAAAAGCAACACUGUGAAUAGUAGUGAGCGUGCUGGUCUUCCCGCUACAGACUGCAAAUCCUGGGUAUUUAGCCCAACAGAAGUAGAUACAGUAGAUGUCUUGUAAAACAAUAGUGCUGUGUCUCAAUCUAUGCCACUAGGUUUAAAAGAAUUGCAAAAGGUAGAAUGAACAACUAUUUCAUGCCAGUAAGCAGUCAAAAAAUUAAAACCAGAUGGAGCUAGGGAGAUCUCCCUCGUCCAAGUUCUUCCCCCUCCUAGUCAGCUUGGAGAUGACUCUGAGGUCAGAGCAAUAGAACAGGGCUAAACACAGAGGUGGAGGAGAUUAAUAAAUAUGGUUUCUUAUAAACUACUCUUUCUCCACCCUGUGAUAGUAAUGCUGGAAAUAGGGAACUAUUAUCAUAAACCUCCACCUGAAAACAAGUUAACCCACACAUCAUGGGUGUUCAGAAAGAAAUCAGCAUGACUGUUUUGCUUGUGGAUAAGGGAUGAUCAUAACCUAGACAGAUAAACAAAGGAAGGGUUUUUCAUGUUAGUGCAUAUCCAAUAAAAUCAGAAUAUUGUCUCUCUGUAAUUUCCCCUUUAUAUCAUACCAGUAGGGUUCUGCUUUGAAUAUGAUGGUAGACAUUAGCUAUUGUGGGGUUUAUCUUGUUUGUUUUUUUUUUAGAUUUCCUACUGACAUGAUAUAAACCAUGAUAUGUAUUGAAAUAUUAGCAAAACAAAUAAGAUGAGUCAGAGUUAACUGCAGAUCAAGGAUAUAGUGGUUAAAAAAAAAAGAAAAUAUUGGUAAGAUGCACAAGACCAUCACUUCUCUAGUGGACUUGCGAAAUGCUGACAGCCUUUGAUAUGCACCGUAAGACUGAAAGGAGUUGACGAUUUACCUUUAAAAUAAGAUUUAUCAGGGGUAUAUAUAAAUAUAUGUAUAUUGUAUAUAUGUUAGAAAGAUUAAGAGAAUAACUUAUAAAAAGAAAAUCUAUAUAAAAUAAUUAUAUAACCAUCCUGUGUUACAUGUUAUCAUUAAGUUGGUAACAAAUGGCAUAAAAAUAGCUGUGCCUUUAAUUUGUGAUAAAGGCUAUUUGCUUUUUCCCAUAGGUUAACGUAUACCUAUCCCUAUGAUGGGGUUCAACACAGCUAGUCUGUUGCAUUCAUAAGAACAAUGACGCUCAAACUUAGAGCAAUGAUAAAACAUGUACAAAUCAAUCCUAUGUGAUUUAGGUUUAGAGAAAAAAAUAUUUUUGAAGAGGUUUUGUAAAGACUAUUUAAAAAUACAGGGAAGGGCUGGGCAUAGCCUUCCUCAAACUGCUCUUACCUAAACUAUAGUAACCUUAUGAGAGGUAGACAGAUUCAAGAUGAAACCAUUGGAGAGAUAGGUAUUUAGCAUUUAUCAUUUUAUAUUUAAAAAACACCCAUAGCGUGCUUGGUGCUCUACAUGGAACAUGGUCUUUGGAUUUUUGAUCAUCCAUCUAGCUACAGACAUUUGUCAUAUGAACAUAGCUUUAAAGCAGUUGAUUUCCUAUAUCUUUUGUUAAAUAAAGAACCAAAACAAAGAAUGGAAGGAAAGGAGGACAUGAGGGAAGAAAGCGAGGAAUGAGAAAAAGGAAAACGUUACGUCUUGGGUAAAAAAAAAAGUCUAAAUUGCACAUCGCUGAUGAAACAUUUUAUCAGCAACUGAAAUUUGUCUUGGAACCUCUGACAGUUUUGUAUUUGUCCGUAGCUCACCUCUGGUCUUUGUGUUUCCUUAGAUGCCCGAUAGUUCCACCAGGUCCAGAGUCGCUCAUAAAUUUUAUUGUCCAGAGCUCUGUCUGUAUUCCAUGUGACCAGCUUAUGACCAUUUUUGACCUUUAGUUUCAUUUUUCUGAUUUGACAAAUAUUUUGAUCUUUCACUGUAAGUCAGCCUGAAUCCCUUCCGCCACCCUUUACACCUGAGCAAACCUCUUCCUGUUGGAGAACUUAAUGUUAAUUGAUGCAAGCUCACUGCAAUGUGCUUUUGCUGUUCUUCCCAUGUUCACCAAAAUGAAUGAGCCAGUCCAAUCGAAGUUAAGUCCUGUGGUUGCACAGAUCCUGGAUCACAAGACAUUACUAACUUUAAUGAUUUGCUGGGAACAAACAAAUCAGCCAUAUUUUCUCCAUCAGCCAUAUGAGAAAACUCAGAAAUACCCAAAUCCCUUCUGCCUCACUUCGCUAUGGAACCAUUUUUGUUUAAAAGGUCUCUUAAAUUGGAGUUGUAAGCAUCAGUUGUCUUUUACUCACUACCUAAUAAAGGAUGAAGCCUAACCAUAGAACGUACAGUGGAUUCUCUGUGAAUUGUUACCCUCCACGGCAUGUACUUAUCGACACCAAAUCAACAUCUGUUAUAGUUCAGACUGCUAUCAAGCUGUAAAGCCUUUACC